UAAAGUAAAAAAAAAAAAAAUCACUUAUUAGGAGACUUUCAGGAGAAAUCAGAACAGAAGUUCUUGGUCCCGGACGCAGGGGCAUGACUAACGGGGCUCGAUCUUUGCAGGCAGCUCUCUGGGCGCACACCAUGUCCCACUUUGAAGAUGCCGACACGGAGGAGACAGUGACUUGUCUGAAGGUGACCGUGUACCAUCCCAGCCAGUUGCAAAGUGGAGUAUUUCAAUCCAUAAGGUUUUAUAGCCGAGAGAAACUCCCGUCCAGUGAAGUGGUGAGAUUCGGCCGGAACCCCGGCGUGUGCCAGUACACCUUUCAGGACAGGCAGGCUUCCCGGGUUCAGUUCUGUCUGCAGCUCUUUAAAAAGCCGGACAGCUCGGUCCUCUCUUUUGAGAUUAAAAACAUGAGUAAGAGGAGCAGGCUGCUCGUGGGCGGGAGGGAGCUGGGCUACCUGAACAAGGCCGACCUCCCGCACAGGUGCCUGGUCAGGUUCGGCCAGUACCAGCUCCUCAUGGAGCAGGAAGACGGCGAGUCGCUGGAAUUUUUUGAGACUCAAUUUACUUUGUCUCCAAGCUCGCUCUUGCAAGAAAACAACGGGUUUCCACAGAGCCCCAUCCCCGAGUAUGGAGGAUACUCACCCUGCUCCACCCACGGCACUUCUCCCACAGAAAUGGACGAGAACGAGUCGUGAGCAGAGGCUGUGCGAGGAGCCGGGGCAGGACACUGCAGACACUGCUCCAUGGGGACUCGCUGGGACUGCAGGCCCCUGCACACUGCUGGCCAACACGGCCACCUGCUGCACUCCAGGACCCACGAGGAAUGAUUUUCAGUCUGUCUCUGAGGGUCAAUGUGCAAAGAACACCCACAGUGACAACGUGUCCUCAGCCACGCUGUGAUUUUCGUAUCAUGUGUGGCUUUACUCCUGCGUAACAUUUUGUUUUCUGGAGGAGCCACUCCUGGCUGGUGACACCAUCUCACGGCAGCCACCUGCUGCCAAAGCCGCGCCUGGGGUGUGCGCCGUUGGGCCCUGCCGUCCCGGGGAGGCAGAUGGCAUUCCCGAGGGUCUGCACAUCCGUGUGGCUUUCAUGUGGGGAAACUCACUUGAGAAAUAACACCUUGGUUUUCUUUUUAUAAAAUCAGUGUUCACUGCUAAGGUGACGGUUCUUGUCCAAUUAAUCAUCUAAAACAUGUAAAUAUUUUAAAGAGUAACUUUGUUCAGAAGUAUUUUCUUACCAAAUUUGAGGUUGGACUUCUAUGUACUUUACAUUAUUUCGAUGUCUGUGAAUUCAAACUUUUUAACAGCAUCCGUGCACACAGUAAGCUGAAUUGUUUUAUUAGGCAGCUUUGCUUUGUAUGUACGUUAAUGUUUGUAAUAAAUGCUUGAAUAUUCGUAGUUUUACUUUCAAUGGGCUGUUUACUAGCAGGUGUACAUAUGGUGCCAGUGCUGGCCAGACAUGUCUUUGUGACCUAUGUCACAUGCGUGUGUAUCCAUGAUGAGAUCACAAGGACCACAUGGUUAUGUCAUCGUUUUCUGAAAAAUUCUCCAGCACAGUGAAU